AUGCCACCAAAAGGGCAAAGGACUCAAGAAGAAGAGGCUGAAGCGAAAAAACGAAAUUCUGAAAAUAAGCGCAGGUGGCGUGCAAACCGUUCAGAAGAACAACGUUUAGAAGAGCGAGAAAGGAAUGCAGAAAAUAAGAGAAACCGAAUUGCAGGUCUCUCGGAAGAACAACGUUCCCUUGAACGAAGGAAGAAUGCAGAGAAUGAGCGAAACCGAGUUGCAAGUCUAUCUGCAGAGCAACGAUCACUUGAACGAGAAAAUAAUAACUGGAUCCCUUCAUCCAACGGGGGCCAAAGAAAAUUUGCCCAACUUUAUAUUCUUGACCCCGAUGAGGCAUGUGAUCAAAGAAUGAUGAUUCGUGAAAAUGCACAUUGUAAUGCUGAGAUUAUGCGAGAGUUGGGUUCAUUCAUGGCCCAAAAUAAUCCUUUCGCUAAAGCAUUUAAAAUGCUUCACGAGGUUGAAAAAGAAUGCUUAGCAGAAGCUGCUCUUCAUGGGGUAGCACCAGCGACUGUAGCUAUGGCUAUUGUUCAAGAUCGGAAAUCUGACCAAAGACGAUAUAAUGUUCCUAGAGUAAAUGAAGUUGCAGUCAUUUUUCAAAAUGCUGACGGUGAACCUCCUCUUGAAAGAGACAUUCUCAUCCAUUGUAGACCCAAUGAAAAUGAUUCAAAUCCAAAGAGAACUGAACGGAUAAAUAUUUUGGAUCCCAAUUUGGAACCAAUGGUAUAUCCACUGUUAUUUCCAUAUGGAGAUCAAAGUUGGGGAAUUGAUCUUAAGCUUAAUCGGCCCCCAUCAUUGGCAAAUAUGAGACGAGCUUCUGCCAAUCCAAGAACAAGGAUUACUCAAAGAAAGCUGACACAGCAAUACUUUGUAGAUGCAUAUGUUAAAACUGAGGCUAAUAGAUUGAAUUUCUGCCGACAAAACCAGAGCACUUUACGUGCGGAACAAUAUGCUGGGCUCAUGGAUUAUAUCCAUAAUGCAGCCAAUGACCAAGGACUAAUACCUGGAAGAGCGGUUAUACUGCCUUCUUCUUUCAUAGGAAGUCCAAGAAAUAUGGCCCAAAAUUACCAAGAUGCUAUGGCAAUUGUGAGGAAAUUUGGAAAGCCUGAUUUCUUUGUAACUAUGACAUGCAAUCCAAAAUGGCCCGAAAUAACAGAUAACCUUCAAUAUGGCCAAAGAGCGGAAUUUAGACCCGAUUUAGUAACCAGGGUCUUUAACCUAAAGCUAAAAGAAUUGUUGGAUGAUAUUUCCAAGAAACAUAUACUUGGCAUUUUAACAGCAAAAGUUCAUGUAAUUGAAUUUCAAAAGAGGGGACUUCCGCAUGCCCACAUUCUUUUAAUGGUUAAAAAUGACGGUCCUGUGGAUGCCGAAAAACUUGAUCAGCUUAUAUCCGCUGAAAUACCAGAUAUUAAUGAAUAUCCUCGGUUACAUGCAGUUGUAACAAAGCAUAUGGUACACGGCCCAUGUGGUUCGGCAAAUCUAAACUCACCAUGUACGGGACCUGACGGAAAAUGUACAAAAGAAUUUCCAAAGCCAUUCAAAAAUGAAACUUUGGUAAACUGCGAUGGUUAUCCAAAAUAUCGUAGACGAAAUACUGGCCAAACUGAUGUAAAUGGCAGACAGAUUGACAACUCUUGGAUUGUCCCAUAUAAUCCAUAUAUGAGCUUGAAAUAUAAUUGUCACAUUAAUGUAGAAAGCUGUGCAUCUGUAAAAAGUGUCAAGUACCUUUUCAAAUACGUGUAUAAAGGACAUGACUGUGCAAAUAUUGCUAUCUCUGAACAAGACGUCCUUAAUCAUGAUGAAAUUAAAACUUUUAUGGACUCAAGGUACAUAAGUGCUCCAGAAGCUGCCUGGCGACUUUUUGGCAAUUCUAUGCAUGAGCAGUCACAUACAAUCUAUAGACUGCCAGUACAUUUUCCGAGUGAACAAACUGUGUACUUCAAUGCAGAUAAUGUAGAAGCUGCGGCCGAAAGGGCCGGAUCAAAAGAAACUAUGCUGACGGCUUGGUUUAAAUUAAACGAUACAGAUGAAGAUGCAAGGCUUUAUUUAUAUGCCGAUAUCCCUGAACAUUAUGUCUUUAAUAAAGUAAGUGGAGUCUGGAAACCACGUCAAAGAGAGACAAAUAAUACAAUCGGUAGAAUGUAUCCUGUUAAUUUAUCUACCGACGCAGAAAAAUAUUGCCUAAGACUACUGUUGCUUCAUAAGCGAGGGGUUACUUCCUUUGAAGAUCUUAGAACUGUGGAAGAUGUAAUCUAUCCAACCUUCAAAGAAGCAGCCCAAAAAAGUGGCAUAUUUAGUGAUGAUGCUACUUGGGACUUUGCAUUAACCGAUGCAGCAAUUUGGAAAAUGCCUCGGCAAAUGAGAGACUUAUUUGCGUAUAUCUGCGUGUUUGCAGUUCCUCCUAACGCUUUGGAACUUUUUGAAAAAUACAAAUCCGAUUUGUAUGAAGAUUUUGCAAGAGAUGCAAGGCACAAUCACACAGAUAAUUGCCAGCAUUGUACAAAUCUUGCUUUAGUAGAAAUUCAAGCAAUUCUUAUCUUGAGCUACAAGAAAUGCGUAGACUUUGGCUUGCCGUCUCCACCAGCCAAUAUGCGUGCGGCUGCGGACGAGUAUUUUGAUGUACUUGCAGAGAAACAAAAAGGUGACGCAUUGCAAGAUACUCUUAACGAUGAGCAACGAAAUGCUUUCGAUACAGUAUUAAAUGCUGCCGAAAAUGAAAACCUUCCCCUUAAAAUAAAUCUAAGCCAAAUUUUUAUCCAAGAAAGAAUAUUGUAA